UAUCCAAGACAGCGGUUUUUUUAUUUAUGCAAAAAAAACCAUCAACCAGAAAGCAAGCAGUGUACCUAUUAAUUGACAACCGUGAGUGAGUGUUAUUAAAUUAGUGAACGUGUGUAAAGUGCAGCAAUAAAACAAACGAUCACAAAAGCAAUCAACAACAACAGACAAAUGCAGCCCACAACAUUGUUGAGCCUUAGACGAUGGAUGACGCUCGAGCUCAACCCAAUGAGAACAACGAGAACUGUGUACAAAUAGCAAUAGUAUAAAAAAAAAAUAAAAACCAGUGAUCAACAACAUACGCUCAAAACAAACAAUAAUAAAUAGCACAAACAUUUACAAUAUAAACUAAGCAAAAACACUCAACAGUGACGAAUCGCAAAGAAAAUACAAAACCAAUAACAAAUAUUAAUUAUCAGUUUUGAAAUAAGCUCAACAUGUUCAAUUUCCAUAAACCACGCGUUUAUCGCUCAACAGAUGGCUGCUGCAUCUGCAGGGCCAAAUCAAGCAGUUCGCGCUUCACCGCCUCACGCAAAUACGAAAAGGAGUCGAUGCAGUGCUUCAAUCUCCACGAGCCGCGCAAUGGUGAAAUUUGCAAUGCUUGCGUGCUGCUCGUAAAGCGCUACAAGCGUUUGCCUGUGGGCAGCAAACGUCACUGGGGACACGUUGUUGAUGCACGCGCUGGUCCCGGCACCAAAUCCUUAGCCAAGCAAAAGAAGCGGGACAAUGAUAGUGAUACAACAUCAGGAGGAGGAGGAAGUAGCAGCUCGCUGCCCGAAAAGUUUGCCAAGAUCUUUAAAAAGAAUCGCAAGGGCAAGAUAACAGCAGCAACAACGGCAACGGCGACAGCAUCGUCAUCUAUUGACCGUGAGCUGCAACUGCAGCAGCAGCUGCUUUGCAAGGAGCGAUCACCACACUCGGAGGACCAGCCCAGCGACUCAAAUGAGAGCAACGACGAUGAGCAGCUGCAGUUGCAACAUGUGGCCACAACAGUGGCUGCGACAACGCCAUAUCAGACACGCAAACGCACCGCAGCCGCUGCACUAGCCACAGCUUCCAUCUCACUGUCGCCAUCGUCAUCCUCAUCAGCGCCAUCUGUUGGCAGCGGACGGCAACGUCUGCGUUUGACGGGCAGCAAGCGACGUCGCAUGCUGGAGCCGCGCAAAAAUCGACGUGCUGUUGACAAUGUGCCCUUCUUUGAGGAGCACGAUCUGCUGCGUCUCGAUGUCUGCUGUGGCACCGUCUUCCAAAGUCUGUCGCUCGGCAGCGCUUGCUACAUUAUCGAUCCGGAGCUCUACAAGCCAUGCGAAAAGCAUCGCAGACGUGGCCAGCAACAGCAACAACAGGUGACAGAGCAGCAAAAGAAGCUGCUGGCAGUGCAACAGCAUCAAGUGAGCAGCAUUAGCAGCGCGACGACGACGUUGACGACGCCGACGCCGACGCCGAGUCAGGCGCCAAUUCCAACGCCGGCGUUGAAGAAGCAUCAUUUGUUCUUUAUGCGACAAUCGGAGUCAUUUCCACAGGGUGAAAUCCAUAGAAUAAGUCCAAUUCCAUUGAAUAAGACUGAGGCAAUGCCACCGACACAAACACAAACAGCAACAAAUGUACAACAACAACAACAGCAACAUUCCACACUGAUGCUAAAGCCCGGCGUAGGAGUGACGCCAUCUGUUGGCCUGCUGCAUGUUGGCAUGAUGACAGCAACAACAGCAACAGCAGUAGCAGCAACAACCAACAACACGACAACAACAACAGCUGUUGGCGCAGCAUCGCCAUCGUCAUUGUCAUCGUCAUCGAACUGCUCGACAUCGUCAUCGGUGGCCACCAAAUUCAAUGACAACUCAUCCGACUCGGGUUUCGAUGAGCAUGUGUUGGAGCGCAAGUCCGUUAGUCCGCCAACGGAUGAACUGCACUUGCAAGAGAAGAAGCAGCAUCAGCUGCAGCAGAGAACUGCCGGCGGCGGUGGAAUGCAGCGUUUAAUAUUGGCCAGCGGGCUGCCCAUAAGCGGACAAUCACAGAAUCUGGUGCUGACCGGCAACGAGUUUACAGCGCGUUUUGUGCAAACGCCACCUCAAAUGCUAAAGAUAACAACAACAGGAAAUGCAAGUGGAGGAGGAGUGGCAACAACAGCAGGAUCUCAAAGUAGUGGCAACAGCAAUAAUAAAAUGCGUGCAAUAUUCAACAGUGCAAACACGAUUCAGCAUGAGAACGGUGUAACCACCAUACUGCCGGCAUCCUCGUUGGCAGCCAGCAAUCAAACGGCCGCCAUGAAUGCCAUUGCACCAAGCACAGUGACCAUAACACCGGCGGCGGCCAAUGCCAAGUUCAUACUGUUAAAGCCAUCGACGGCAAUUGGCAGCAAGCAUCCAACAACGGCAACAACAACAACGCCACCCGAGGUGAAGAUCGCAUAGAGUGCGAGUGCGAAAGGGAGAGAGCGAGUGCGAGCGCUUGACUUUAACAUGGCCAUGUUAACUGGCUGUUAUCUACACUGUUGAUUUACAUGCAUACUGUAUUUACUCGUAAGAAGAGACAAGAGAAAGGGACAGACAGAUUUGUUACUUUGUACAUACAACAUACAGCUCGAUUCACACACACAUAGCUAUAUGCUUACAUUAUUUGUCCUACACACACACACACACACACAUACACGUAGUGUUUAGUUAGUUUUUAAUUUGACUUCUUUUUUUUAAUAUUUUCCAUCGUCAUAUAUGUACAACUAUUUUAUAAGAAUACUCAGCUCAAGCGAAACGUAUCAUUUAAAAAUAUUUAAAAACAAUAAAUAUACCUUAAAUUUGUUUUAUGUA